CAUAUGUGCAAAGUUCUAUGUCGAGAACCGACCGACCGAUGGCUGACAGCCGUCGAAGAUGAUUUCAUCGAUAAAGAAAUUUAAUUCAUGACUCAAUAGGUAUUAUUGAACUUCUGAAGUAACUUCAUCAAUUUUAGAUUUUUACAGUGAGUGUGAAUUAGAUAUGAUCUCAUGUCUGAAAGGUUUCUCAUCAAAACUAUCAUAAUAAGUUUAUCAAAGGUGCUCACAGGCAUUGUUAUCUAGACCGACAUCCAUCCAUCAUAUUUCGAUGUAGUUAUGUUCUCUGAGCUGGGUGGUUUACGUACGAAGCUUUCAUUGCCUUACUAGGCAAUAUCCUCAGCCCAUACUUCAAUUUGAAGUGAGGUUUUAGAUUUCUCCACGAGUUUACUAGUCAUCUCUUUUGAUAGCCUUAAAUGUGAUCUGUUGUUUUUGUGUGUUUUCACACCUAGUCUAGUUGUAUUGGUAUUGAUUGUUUUCUUGACCUGAGGUUUAACCGUUUAUGUGAGAUUUCCUCCUUGUCGAUUGGUAAAUUGUCUGUAUCAAUGUGUCUAUUGAUUGACGAUUCACUGGAAUAGCAGGCCUCUAAAAAUUCUUUAGUAUUCUUGGUGUUUCUUCUGUCUUAUAUUUGAACGUUGUCCCGAUCAGAUUGAUGUCCGCGGUUGUCUGUAUGCAGCGAUAUGAAGGAGUGGAUGUUAUGUCUGUUGAUGACUAGUUUAUGAUCAUGGAUACGCAGACGAAGGAGACGUCCACUUUGACUUAUGCAGUGUUUUUCUCAGUCUUUGCAACUUAUUUGGUAGAUGAUGUUGGUUUUAUCUUCCUUCUCUGUUGAGUCUUUUGGUUGACAUAGAGCUGAAUGAAGUGUUUUCCGAGAUAUCUUGUAUACAUUUUACGGUGAUUUUCUGUGUGUUUUCCUUGAGGGCCUUUGAUUUGGUUGGCUGGGUUGGGGGUAGAUGUCUUUUGAUGAAGUUCCGUGGAUAUCCAUUCUUUUGGAAGACGUCCAUGAGAUACCUUUUUUCAAUUUUCCUUGAGGUGGGAGUGCUGCAAUGAGUCCUGGCCCUCUCGGAUACUGUCUUUUUGCAACUCCUUUUGUGUGUUAUUGGAUUGUUGUUUUUGUGGUUGAGUAUUUGGUCUGUGCGACUUGAUUUCCUGCAAACUCGAAUUUCUGACUUUCCCGUGGUUGUUCGCUUGACUAUGACGUCCAAAAAUGGAAUUUCUCCCUUGGACUCUUGUAACUUGGAUGUCGUUGAAUAUGUUGUUUAUCAAGGUGUUACUUCUGUCUAAGUCGUUUCUUUUGAUUAUCAUGAAUGUGUCAUCUACGUAACGUAUCUAGAUUUCGGGUUUGGUCUUCGGUAGGACUAUGUUUUCAAGUAUUUGUAUCACAGCUUCUUCAAUCAGACACGAUAUGGACGAUCCUAUGGGUGUCCCUUUAAUUUGUUCACGUAUUUGGACGUUGAGUUGAAAAUACGUUGUUGGAUACAGGUUUAUGCAUUCCAUCCAACUUCAGUGUUGUGAGAUGUGUUCGUCGUUGCUGGGUAAGUGUCCCAUGGUUUCUUUCGUUGGUUCCUGUUCAAUCGAAGUACAUAAUGUAGCAUCGAAGGAUACCACUGUUUCUUGGUCAUCUAUUUGAAUACCUUUUUCCUGUAGAAAUUCGGUAACAGAUUUGAUGGAGUGGUCUCAGGAUUUCGUUAAAUGUUUCAAUUUUAUGUAUAUUUCUUUGGAUAAAAUGUAUAUUGGGGUUCCUGGGAGUGAUAACAUUGGUGGUAAUGGGAUGUUUGGUUUGUGUAUUUUGGGUCUGCUGUGGAGUCGGGAUAGAACUGGUCCAUUGGAUCUCGUUCGCCACUUAUCUUCUUUUGUGAUCUGACCUGUUUUGGUGAGGUUGUUUAAGGUUCUUUGGUUGCGGUUGUCUAAUGUUUGGAUGAGAUUUGUUGUGAGGUGUUGGUAUACUUUUCAUCUUUUAGUUCUUCAGCUUUUUUGGUAUAUUUUGCUUUGUCCGUGAGUACUCAUGGAGAGGGAAUCCAAUGUGUUUGCCUGCCGAAUUUUUGGUGGUAGUUUGUUCCGUUUCUGGGUACACCUACAUUGAAAUUCAUCUAGGUGACGAUGGUUUGUUUUCAUGAUUUUCUCAACCCGAGCUUUCUCUGUUCUUAAACACACCAAUUGGUUUCCAAAGUUAGUCCUAAAGCGAUAAUUUUUAACAUAAACAAGUCAUAACAUUGUCUAACUGAAGCAAAUGGAAGACUAGUUAGGCUCUCUAACCUUAAUGCACUUGGUGUGGCUCAUUGCCCAGUGCCGAAUUUCGAUAACCCCACUUUUUCACAGUAAUUGGCAGUAUUAUUAUUUAUUCCUGUACGUUCGCAGUGGAACGUAGGGCUUCAAGAUACAGGAUUACAGUUUCGGUAGCAGUGGUGUUUAUUUUUAGGGGAUAGAGUUGUUAGCCUCAUGCGCAACUUUCCCUCUUUACCAGUGUUAUUACUGGUUUAGUGAGGUGAAGGAGUGCGUCGACCGGGGGUCGAACCCCUGACCAAAUACCUGGUUGGCGAGCAUUCUACUGCUGUACCACUGACGCACAAUAUGGCACAUCUGUAUUUCGUAUAGUUGUGUGUGCCGAUAGUCUAUUUUAUUCUUUGUGCUCUCUAUUGCUGAGGGUAAAAGUAAUAACAUGGUAAUAUGAUUGUGAGGUUUAGGUGAAUAAGGAAAGCAGAUGUGAUGUUCACCAACAUAGAGUGCGUAUAUUGGGCACAAUGCUGAUCCAUUUGGGAAGUGUGAGACGUGGAUUUCAAUAUGACCAUCUAAGUAGAGUUUAUGAAAGCGCUAUACUGUUAAGGCCUUCACGUUAAGGCGUCUUAUAGUGCGCAGAAGCAAAAUAUGAGUCGACUGAACGUAUAAUUCAUAUAGGAAUACUGGCUGUCCCAACAUUUUAGCCAUAUAAAGAUUAGAGCAAUGAAAUGUGAGCGAAAAAUAACGAGAUAACUAAUUAGAGAACUAAAUAUUCGAGAUUUUGGAAGUAUGUACACAUUGAUUGAGGUGGAUAAAUGAUAAGCAUUGAAAAGCCUAAGUGACAGGUCAGAACACCUUCGUUGGUCCUAUCGAAAUUAGAAGAUUGACUGUUCUCCAAGUCCCAAUAAUCCACAUUUUACCACUUUUCUUGGCUAGGUCAUCCAAUUGCUGAUUCGUUUUCUGUGUAAUUAUGAAGUUUAUAAAGUGAAAUCCAUCUCAUCUGUUUCUACAUACACUCUUUUACCUUAAGUCUGAGUUGGCAUGGUAUUGGUUCUUGAUUGUUGGUUUGAUCACUGAGAUUGUGCGUCGGUGGCACAGUGGUUAGGACUCUCGCCGACCAUGCACAUGGUCCGGGGUUCGAUCCCCUGCCGACGCACACCCGAUAUCAAUGGUCGGCCUGCUAAAUUUGGGCUACCGAUAUCCAUGCUGAAAAUUCCAUACUUGUACUGAAAAUACCGUGUGGCAUCAAGCUGUAACCAAAAAUAAAAAAAUAAAACUAAUUUUUGCAGCCAUUGCAUCGAGUAUUCUCAAGUAUUGCAAUUAAACAAUGGGAGUGCUCAGAUCUCCAAAAGAGCAUCUGCUUGGUAGCUCUUUGGGCAAUUAUACUGUGGCAUCAAAGCAGGGUAUGAAGUUCCACUAAGGUAUUUUAUGGUUGUUUGGGAGAGUGGUGACUUUUAGAAGUAGAAGGCCUAAAUCAGGGCUAUUUAUUGUAUGCACAUGCCUAUAACCUAUAUAUUUACAUAAUUUGAGAGCUUAUGUAGUAUAUUUGCUGGAGCUUUUAUUAACGUAAUUAGUUUAUUCUGACAUAUCUUAUAGAUAGCUUCUUAUGGACUAACAAUUGAAGACUUCCUUGGUUUUCGUAUAAAUGAUGUCGCAACGAAGCUUUUUAAACUAUCAGUUCCUCCUUGGUCUUUGAACGUAUGUGGAGAAGGUGGAGAAUUCGAGACAACUACGUUAGACUGUCCUAUGUUUCACAGUAGAAUUAGUUUGGCAUCCGAACCUGAAAUAGUGGUACAUUCUAAAGAUCCAUUUUCACCUACUGCAUAUCUCCGUUUAAAAGAUCUGAUACUAGAGGCUAAACCUUUAGAUGAAGUUUAUUAUACGUCAGAACAACUUUUAUCUUUAGAAGGUAAAUGUAUUAACAACCAAGGUAACAACCAUACAUCAGCUCGUCGUCCAUUUAUCUCUCCGCUUGAUAGACUCAAGGAAAUACAGUUGAAAACAUGUGAAGAAAUUAGAAAUGAUAUUAUUUGUGCACAACUUAACACAAGCGGUUCUCAAUCUAAUAAUACUCAGAAAUGUAAUCAAGCUAAUCUAAAGUCAGCAAAUGAUUUUGCCAGAUGUUUAGGUAGUGAAAUAUGGUUGACGUCAAAUUUCAUUGGUACAAGUGAGAAAUCAGAUAAGAUUGAUGAAGCUACCAAAAAUGCUUUCCUUCAAAUGAAAAAUAUAUUCGAUUCAAAUGGAAUUGAACCACAACAGAUAUUACAAUUCAUUGUUGUUUUAAGCCAGCCGCUGUCAGCUGAUGUGUUCAGCAUGUUCAAUCAAACUUAUACCGUCCAGUUGAAUGAAUGGUUAGAUGAGAAGUCGAAGAAUCAUAUCACCCAUAAUUCUGAACCUGUCACUUCGUAUUUGCCAGCACGUGUGUGUAUUAGUAUGAAUUCUUUUUCACAGGAAUUCAAUGUGCACUCAAAGGAAGCAUGUAUAAUCAGUCUGUCGGCUAUUGUCUAUCAUGGUAAAUCGGAUAUGCAUGAGUGGAUAAACUCCCUUCGAGGUUUGUACGUUCAAUCGAUUUCACAUUGGGCCCCAGCUAAUAUUGGACCAUACAGUCAAGCAAUAGGUGUUCCUGCUUCAUGUUUUCAUUCUGAAAAGUGUACUUCUUCAUGUGGUUUGGAACAACUUACCUUCUAUUCAGGCCAGAUCGGUUUAAUUCCAGAACUCGAAGUACUUCCAUCACAAACCGGACAUUUUUCAAGGAUUACUGAAGCACUAGAAAUAGAAUCUUGGCUUGCUAUAAGACACUGUCAUCGAAUAAUGAAGUGUAUGUCACUCUCUAAAAUAUGGACGAAUUUAUUUCUUGGAAUUUGUUAUGCCGUUGAUGAAGAUUCGUUGAUUCAAGCUCGAAAGCAUUUCCACCUUAGCGUUUGUUCUGUGACUUCAGACAGUAAACAUAUCAGUAGCAUGUGUUACUGUAAUAAAUGCAUUGUAUGGAUCAUUGUAUCUGGUCUACCGAAAGAUGCUUCAUUUGAAUGGCAAUGGAUAACUGGACCACCUACUUCAUUGGUUACGUCGGUCGAUGAUACAACUAACAAUGGUUCAAUUGUUCCACAAAACACUUUUAUGCUGUUUUAUCGUUAUGAUUAUUACCAAUCAAACCAAAAGAUAUUGCUUGAAUUGCUUAGUACUUAUAAAGGAUUUGUUCUGCCUGUUAUUAAGUUUGCUGAUCCUAAUGUAAAUACCGUUUUCGUUUCUGUUCAAAAUAAAUAGUAAUUAUAAAUGUU